UUUUGCAUGCGUGUGCAUUACUAUUGCUCACCGUCAUACAUUUAUAUGCGAUGCCUGAUGACCGUCAUCAUAAAACAAAAACGCUGUUAUAUUCGCAGUGACUUAAAAAAAUACAAUGGCCGUUUGCACCGAGGUUUGGGUUUUUAUUUUGGAAGCUGCCCAGGGGUGGGCGCAGUUUCAACCAAGUCUAAAUUUGGAAAUCUGACGUCCGGAUUGCGAUCUUGCAGAGAUCCUGCCCUCGCACCGUUUCAAUUGGAGCAGCCAAGGCCGCAAGUAGCUUGUUGAAAGCAGCAAACGAGCGAAGCCAGGAGUGGUUUAAUAAGACAUUACAGGCACCGACCGGGGUGAUUCAUCAGGCCGUAUCUGUUACAGCAAGGCGUGGUGAAUUCAGAAAUCGCUGUCCUCUCGCAUUCUUUUAGAUAUUUAUUUUAAAUUUCUUCAUUGCCCGAAGCGAUAUGAAAUAAUAUUGUCUUUCUUUAAAAAAACAAUAAUUGAAACGUUAACGUAACGUUCAUGUUCAAUGGGCUGUAAUUUGCCAGAAAGGAUCAAGCUGCCGAAAUGUACAGGACUUGCUCUCCCGAGAGAGCAGCGAGAUUCUGUGUCUAAUCUCACCCCCGAGGAGCAACCGGAGAGCGUCAGAGGACACGAGGAGAAGGAUAACCCAAAGACUUUAUCUUUUCAGCCCGAGAUGGAGUUACCAUGACAACUACUGAUGUAUUCCCGGAGUUUCCUCCGCCAAUAUCCGAUAAAAUAGCAGGGGCGACUCAGAAGAAGAGGCAGAUGUUGCACACACUGGCCGCGGUCACUGUGCUGCUCGCCACCGGGACCACGAUCACCAGCCUCAACAAAUGCAUCUUCGCUGUCUACAAUUUCCGGUACCCUCUCUUGCUGUCGGCCCUUCACAUGCUGACAGCUAUUGUUAUCGACUACGCUUUGAUCCGUAUGGGAUUCGUAAACCUGAAAAUAAAAGAAGUCACCGGUCUCCCGACUGCUGCUAAAUUCAAAGUGUUCCUACUGAGCCUAACCUUCUGUGCCACUAUCGGCUUUGGGAACAUGGGAUUGAAUUGCGUACAACUCUCCUUUGCACAAGUGAUCUCUACCACUACUCCCCUCUUUACCAUAGCCAUAUCAAAGGUCUUUUUGGGUAAGCACCAUCACAUCCUCAAGUACACUGCUAUGAUGCCUAUCUGCCUGGGAGCUUCAUUCAGUCUUAUGGGCGAGGUACAGUUUGAUCACAAAGGAUGCCUCUACAUUUUUGCUGCAACCAUGUUGAGAGGAGUGAAGUCCAUCCAACAAAGUAUUCUCCUUCAAGAAGAAAAGAUCAACUGUGUCAUCCUGCUCUACUUGAUGUCCAUCCCAAGCUUCUGUAUCCUUAUUUCAGCUGCAUUACUUCUGGAGAGUGGCACUGAAUGGGAACCAUCCAUCAAGUAUGACAACAGACUUUGGAUUUUCAUUCUUCUUAGCUGCCUAGGCUCAGUACUGUACAACUUGGCAAGCUUCUGUGUCACCACACUUACCUCUGCUGUCACUCUGCAUGUUGUGGGCAACCUCAACAUGGUUGGAAACCUCGUCAUUUCGCAGGUCCUCUUUGGCAGUGAGAUGACUGUGUUGAGCUAUGCUGGAAUCGGGCUGACGCUAACGGGCGUGUUGAUGUAUCAGAACUCAGACUUAAUAACAGACUAUUUGAAUUCAAGAAGUAAACAUCAUGAAGAACAGGACAAGUUAAAAACUGACUGAAAGAAAGCCUUGUUUAUAGGGGGCAGGAGAUGACGUAUUUGUAUUUCAGUAGGGUUAAAUUUUGCCAAACUGCGGGCAGAUAAAAUGCUAAAUUUAUUAAAGUAAAGCACAUUGCCUUAUUUAAAUUAAUGCUUUACUCGAUAUUUUUUCCCAUUCAAAUGUAUGAAAAGUCUGUGACUGGAAUUGUAUUUAUUACAUUAUAUAGUCCUAGACCAGAUUAUUAAAAAACUCAAUUUUUAUUGUAA